GUCGAGCGUCCCCGUGAUUGCGAAAUAGCCCUUAGGAUCCGAAACCUCUGCAGCAAACGCACUGGUUGACAAAGCCAGGAGCAGAGCAGGCCAUUCCGUUGGCCCACGGCACAGCGCGACGCCGUGUCAUAGCUGGCCCCGCCUCUCACCCCUUUCUCGCUCUCCAGCACGCACCGCAGCCACUGGGAGUUCCGCAUCGCAGGUGCGAGAAGCGGCGGAGGUUCAGAGAGGCUUCUCCCUCUAUUUCUGCCCGUCGCGUACUUACGGUCUGCUUUGCUCUCUACGGCAGCCGGAGAAGGAGAGGCGAAUCUGUUCGCUCUCAACGACGGCGCGACGGCCAUGGCCAUGGCGUUACUGCCACGGGUGGGCGAGGAGACGAUCGGCGAAGUGAACGGGAUUCUGCUGACGUCAAGGAGGGACGUGGACGCCAGCACGCGAGACGCGUACACACAUCUCAUGCACCACGCAGUGCCGGACAUUCCUCUGGCUGCAGUGAACCCAGUGGAUCUUGCCUUCGAGUCAACCCCUCUCCUCAUUCUCAACGGCCCCCUCUUCCCUGCUGCUGAUGCUGCUGCUGCUGCUGCUGCUGCCACUAAUUCCUCUGCCGCUGGAUCUACCACCCCAUCCCCCAUUCCUCCUGCCACCCCUCCUCCUCCUGUUGCUUCGGCUGCUGCUGCGUCUGCGGGUUCCACUCCUGUGUCGCCUUCCACUCCCCUCACCCCCUCUACGCCUCCCUCAGCAGCCGCGGGGGGUGGGGAUGGGGCAGGGGGAGGAGGUGCGCAGAAAGCAGCAACCCCCCAUUCGCCUUCCGUGGUGGCGUCUGGAGGGAGAUCGGGGGGGGAAGGGGGGGGAGGAAGAGGGAGUAGGGGGUCGCUGGGUGGAGCUGCAGCGGAUGUGGUGCUGCGGCUGCAGCACAUGCUGCCAGCAUUCCUUGCCUCCUCCCCCCCUCCCCCUCCCCCCUCUCGCCCGCUCAUUGCCUGGCACCGCUUCUCGCCCCGCCUGCUCGCCUCGGGCCCUCUUGACCGCCUGCUGCUCUUCGACCUCCAGCCCUCCGCCCUGCAAUCCGGCCCCCCUCCCUCCCCUUCACCGCCUGCCAUCCUGCUGCACGAGCUGCAGCGCCAUGUGUCAUGCGUUGAUUGGCGGCCCAAGGCAGGAGCCACCCUUGCAGUGGCAUGCAGGGCGGGCAUUUGCCUCUGGAGCCUGACAGGGCCUCUGCUGGUGGAGGGGCCGUCUGGGGGAGGCUCAGCUCUGUCAGGAAUCACAGGGGUCAGCAUGGCAGCAGCAGAAGCAGGGGGGGGAUGGGGAGGGCGAGGGGGAUGGGGGAGUGGAGCAGGAGUGGGGAUGGGAGGAGGGGCGGAGGGAGGGGGCGGCAGGGGGUGUGUAGUGCCAGCGUGCAUGCAGUUUCUUGCCAGCUCGCCUCAGAGGCAGCAGGGGGCGGUUACUAGCGUGGCGUUCAGCCCCUGUGGCAGAUAUCCAGCUCUCAUGCCUCACUCGUCUGGACCCUUUGCGCCCUUUUAUGCUCCCUCAACAAUCUUAUGCUUCCUCUGACGCUUUUGUGCUCCCUUCCACACUUGUCCGCUCGCUCCCUUCUUCCCUCUUUCCCUCGGCCUGUCCUGCUUUUCAGUUUCUCCACUGUUGCUCUUCCUUCCUUCCUCCCUUACCCUUUCUCCCCCCCAGCCUCACACCCAAGUGUGCUUCCUUAACUCACCUUCCCUAUCUUCACGCGCUACCUUCCCUGCUUCAUGCUCUGCGCUCCUCUCUGCUACUCCCCACCUCCAUUCAUAAUCGCUCUCUGGAUGCCGCAUCCGUCACGUUGCUAGCUUCAGCGUCACACGCGUCGUCAACUGUGCUCAUAUGGGACGUCGCCACAGGCGUGGCCACUCCCUUGCGGCGUGGCUUCGCAGGAGUGAAGAUGCUGCGCUGGUCCCCUCGUGGCGACUGCCUCUUCAGCUGCCUCUUGUGA